AUUUCUCAGUGAAAUCAUGUCAGCAUAUUGUAAGUCAAAGGCUCUCACAAGGAAGGACCCUGCAGAAGAUUUCCUUGAGAAGUACUGUCGUUCAGAGCCUACUUCAGAUGAUAGAAGUCCGAGAAAGACAAUAUUUGUAUUAAAGCAGGAGAUCAAAGACCUGAAAGAAGAGAAUGCUAAAUUGAAGGAGAUGGUUGUUCAAGAUGUGCCAGAAAUCCUACGGACCAUGAAGAAUAUCCUUGAUUCGGCUGUGCCUCCUAAGAGAUCCAGGUUGGACCUUACCACACCACCGCUGCCCCCCCAAAGUUCCUAUUCUUCAUCAGCAAAUUCAUCGCCAUCCCUCCCCAGAUCUACCCCGCCCAGUUCCAUGUCUGAGUCUGUUACUCCAUCCCUGACGGACUCCCAGUCUUCUAAGGUGGAGAUCCAUCCUGGGACUGGAGUCAUGGUUGAGAAACUGGCGUGGACCUAUGCCUUCAAUGCAAAUUCAGCUACAGUAUUUGUGAGGCAUCUGCUCACAGCAGUCUUCCCACUGGAGAUACUGCUGUUGAGCAAUCUUCGAGGGGGCAAACGAGGCGGAGGAGAUGCUCGUCUACCACUGGACAAAAAAAAAUUGGAUGCCAUUUACAGUGCAACUCUUGAGAGGUGGCCUGGGACCCAGCUCUCCAGCAUCGGAACCACAAUCAAUGGCAAGAUCACAGAGCUCCGGACCAAAAGUAGAAAUGUUGCUGUGUCCACAGCAUCAUCUUAA